CUAAAACUCUGAAACUGUUUAAACACAGAAGAACAAAAAACGUGUGAAGUGAAAUAAUAUCAGAACAGCACCAACAUGCCAGAAUACAAAGUUUGGUAUUUCAAUGUUAAGGCCUUGGGUGAGCCAUUGCGUUUCUUGUUGUCCUAUGGCGGACUCCCCUUCGAGGAUAUCAGAGUCACACGUGAAGAAUGGCCAGCACUAAAACCCUCCAUGCCAAUGGGACAAAUGCCUAUUUUGGAAGUUGAUGGCAAGCGUGUUCAUCAAUCAUUGGCCAUGUGCCGGUAUUUAGCAAAACAAGUUGGUCUUGUUGGUGCUGAUGCAUGGGAAGAUUUGCAAAUUGACACCGUUGUCGAUACCGUCAAUGACUUCCGUUUGAAGGUUGCCAUCGUAGCUUAUGAGCCUGAUGAUGUUGUCAAAGAGAAGAAACUCAUUACAUUGAAUAAUGAAGUGAUUCCCUUCUACUUGAGCAAAUUGAAUGUGAUUGCUAAGGAAAAUAACGAUCAUUUGGCAUUGGGACGAGCAACAUGGGCCGACGUUUAUUUCGCCGGAAUUUUAGACUACCUCAACUACUUGACCAAGAAGGAUUUACUCAGUGACUACGAGCACUUGAGAAAUGUCGUUACUGGCGUAUUGGGAAAUGAAAAUGUCGCCGCUUACAUUAGGAAACGUCCAAUUACUGAAGUUUAAACAUUUUUUACAAAA